ACUAGCAAACAAUACAGUCAGAACAGCUAGAGGUGAUCCUAAGAACCGAAGGCCAAGAUGUCUGCUUAUGCCUUCUUUGCGCAGACAUGCAGAGAACCUGAGGUGAAAAAUCCAGAGGUCCCUGUCAAUUUUGCAGAAUUUUCCAAGAUGUGCUCUAAGAGGAAGACAAUGUCUGGGAAAGAGAAGUCUAAAUUUGAUGAAAUGGCAAAGACAGAUAAAGUGCGUUAUGAUCGGGAAAUGAAGGAUUAUGGACCAGCUAAGGGCAGCAAGGAGGAGGACCCUAAUAUCCCCAAAAGGCUACUAUCUGGAUUCUUCCUGUUCUGUUCAGAAUUCUGCCCCAAGAUCAAAUCUACAAACCCUGGUAUCUCUAAUGGAGAUGUGGCAAAGCUGGGUGAGAUGUGGAAUCACUUAAGUGACACUGAAAAGCAACCUUACAACGGUAAUGCAGAGAAGCUUAAGAAGUAUGAGAAGGAUGUCGCUGACUGUAAGUCUAAAGGAAAGCUUGACGGUGCAAAGGAUCCCAACACCCAACAAAGUUGCCCGGAAGGAAGUAGAAGAGGAAGAUGAAGAAGACAAGGAGGAUCAAGAGGAGAAGAUGGAGGAGGGGAGGAGGAGGAGGAGGAAUAAAAAAACCGUUGAUCUGUUAAAAAAAAAAAAGAAAAGA